AUGGCCGACCCAGCCAUCAUGCGGCUCGACGCCGCGCCCGCCCACGCGCGCCGGCAGGACAUCAUCAGCGCCAUCCUGAGCGACUACGGCGACAGCAGAGACCAGGACGACGAGGUCGAGCUGGACGACUACUACACGCAGGCCCGGCCGUCGCCCGCAGCUGCGCCGGCGGCCGUGCCCUCGGCCACGGCAGCGCUGGCUGUGCAAUGCGCACCUGCGUCACCACCGGCGGCCAAGGACAAGCCGCUGCCGCCGCUGGUCGGCUUCCAACUGCGAGUGGCCGAUGCGCCUGCAGCCUCGCAGCCAGGCGCGCCGAGUGGGAACCCGCCGCAAGCGAACAUGAUUGCUUCGCCCGCGCGCUCGUUUCGCGGCAGACGCCAGAAGCCGCCAGACCUGAAGCUGGCCCGCAGCAACGGCUCCACAGCCAUCACGCCGGCCACCGCUGCCACGCCUGCCAAGACCGACACCAGCUCCCUGUCACCUUCCCUGUCCCUCUCCGCUCUUCACCCUCAACACCUGCCCACUCCCGACCGUGUCCGAUCCCGCGCAACCGCCCGUCGUCUCAACGAGCUCCCCUUGCCGCCCACCCCGCCGCAGCCUCCCGCCAAAAACGACCCCCCAAGGCCGUCCGACCACACCUCCUCCGCGGCGGGUGCAGCUGCCAUGGGUAACAAGGCCUCGAAGGCCGCCGGCGAUCCAACCUCGCCCUCGCAACGCUCCAAAUUCUCCCUGCGCCGGAAGCCCGUCAGAAAGGACACGGUACCGCCCGUCGAAGCUGCCAAUGGCGCCGCCAAAUCUCCGGUUCAGGGUGGUCUCGCUCCUGGAGCUCAAGCCGCGGCCGCGGCCGCGCAAGCUCCAGCUCCCCCUCGCGCUCCCGCAUUGCACAACCCCAAGUCUACCACGUCGCUGCAGCAAUCAGUAACCGCCAGCGACUCGCAACCUUCGGCUUCCCAGUCAGAAGAGCACACCCUGACCGAACCCGGCGCCCCUGUGCAGUCGCCCUCGACCACCCUGUCCGAUGCUACCGUGAUAAGGGACCGCUCCAACUCGCCGCCAACCGAGCCCGAGGAGGAGGAGCCCAUCACGCCAACGCUCAAGCCCGCUGCCGUCGACUUGCUCCCUUCUCCGAGUCCUGUCCCCGAGGAAAGCCCGUCCAAAUAUGGCGUCGUCAAGCAGCCCAGCAAUCCCGCCAUCGAAAAGCAGAAGGGUGCUACUAUGCACUACCGCGGCAAGAGUAGCACGGGCUUCGACAUAUUCAAGACGCUAUCUAGAUGCCCAUUCGCCGCCGCUGUCCCCGACCCCGGAAACCGCCAUGAGCAUUACUUCGCCGCUCCAGCUCACCACUAG